AUGGCUCCUGCUCGACAGCAACCGGCGCCACCGCCGUUCAGCAAAGAUGAAAAAGUGCUCUGUUUCCACAUGGACAUGCUCUACGAGGCCAAGAUUAUGGAUGUUCAGCCAGGUGAGAAGCCCAGUGACGGAUACAAGUACAAAGUCCAUUACAAGGGGUGGAAGAACACCUGGGACGACUGGGUGCUGGUAGACCGUAUCCGGCCAUUCGACGAUGAGCACAAAGAGCUGGCUGCACAGUUGCACGCGCAGUUGAAGCAUAACAUCCAACGAAGCACUAAGCAGCCGAAAAAGGGCCUGAGAAGUGGUGCUGAGUCUGCUAGAGUCAGCGAGGAGCGAUCAGGCUCUGCCACUGUUCAAGGGGGGAGGGGAGGAAGACGAGGCAAAGACUGGGAAUUGGAACAGGGCUCUCCUGAUUUGGCUCAGCCUGACAAGUUGGUGGAUUCUCUUAAGUCCGUUAAGAAGGUCAAGUUGGCCAAGCUCAAAGAACCCAAGGAUCAUCUUGCUCUUCUCCCAUCUAGUGGCCAUCGCUAUGUAACAGAGUCGGGCAAACUGAUCCAUGAUGAUCGCUACGCUAUGCCCUUGACUGUCGAAGACGAGCCAAAGCAGCCACGUCAGAAGCCUCUCAAGCCUAGUGCCAAGCCCAAGCCGCGCUCAUGCGACCAGCUCGAGACGGAGGAUGCUUUUCACAACAAACCUAUGAUUAAACUCCCAGUACCCGACCACAUUCAAGCGAUGCUGGUUGAUGAUUGGGAAAACAUCACCAAGAAUAACCAGCUUGUCCCUCUUCCUCACAAUAAGCCAGUCGCCAAGAUAUUUGAAGACUAUCUUGCGCAUGAGCGUCCAUACCGCGAGGAGGGAUCUUCCAGCAUGGACAUCUUGGAAGAAGUCGUCGCAGGCUUCCGCGAGUACUUCGAGAAGGCUCUCAGCAGAAUCUUGCUGUACCGUUUCGAGCGCCACCAGUACAUGGAGCUCAAGAAGCUCUGGGAGAACCCUGAGGCGAACCCAGAAAUCACCAAUGUCUGCGAUGUCUAUGGCGCUGAGCAUCUUGCUCGGCUAAUUGUCUCUCUCCCCGAACUGUUGGCGCAGACCAACAUGGACCAGCAGUCCGUGUCCCGUCUUCGAGAGGAGAUAGGAAAGUUCAAUGUCUGGCUAGGACGUAACUGCGAGACAUAUUUUGUUAACGAGUACGAGACUCCCAGCCAGGAGUAUAUUGACAAAGCUCGUAGCUUCUGA